AAUAGCCCGCGCCGCGCCACGCCAUGCCGUUGGCGAGGUGCGGGUGCGGAGCGGACCUGCGGGUCGGCCCGUCGGUGGCCUGCGCGUUGGCGCGCACCCAGGGGGCCAGGGGCGGGGCGCUGCCGCGCGGACCUGAGCCCGCCGCCGAGGGGCAGUGUCGGCUCGGAGCGCGCCCCCGCCGUGCGCUGGCUGCGUGUCGCUCGUCCAAGUGUGUCCGGGCCGUUAUGACGACGACGCCAUGCCGCUGACACAAGAGUGGGCGGUGCACGCGCAGCUGACGAUCGGCCCCGCCGCGCCGGCGUCGUCUGUUGUCCGGGGCGUGAGCAUGCCGCCGCUGGGCCAGGACGGCGUGCGCCUCGAGUGCUCGUGGCGCCCCUACGUGCCGCCGCCGCACCCCGUGGCCUCGCCGCCUCCGCAGGCGAGCAACCCGUUCUGCCAGCCGCACCCCGCGUACGGCUUCCAGCGUGGCAGCAUCCUCUUCACGACGUCACCGCCCCCGGGGUGCGCGCCGCCGCCGCCCGACCCCGCGGCCGUGCACGGCCGUCAGGACUCUGGCUACAACAGCGAGCUCUCCGCCACCGCGUCGUACGCCCCCGCGGCCCCCACGGCGCGCCGCCAGCCUGCCGUCUACGGCCGGCGCUGCAAGAGCACCUGCAGCAUCACGCUGUGCACCGCGCCCUACCCGCCCCCGCCGCUCUCGCCGCCACCUACCGUCGCUGCCGCCGACCCCGAGCCGCCGGAGCCGCCAGAGAGGAUCUUCCCAGCAGCGGCGAACUACGGCAGGGAAGUCCGGGACGCGGCCUCUCAGACGCACGCCACCGAGGACAGCAGCGCCCCGCCGUCGGACUGCUCUAGUUCGCACACGCCCCUCCGCGGCGUCCGCAAUGGCGGUGGGCGUGGCGUGGCUUACUCCGCGCGCCGCCACCGCACGCUGCCCGCCACCCUGUCGGCGAGCACCUGCACGGACACGGACACUGACCAGGCCUGGACUCCUCGGGUGCCGCCCCCUCCGCGGUGGCCCCGCGGUGGCCCCGAGUCCCGGGGGCGGCCCGCCACACCGCCGCGGCCGCAGCCCGGCGUCAUGUCUCCUCCCCCAGCGGCGGUGGCGGCGCCAGCACCAGCGUCGCGAGCCGCGCGCCCGCCGCGCACCGUGCACAUCGACGUGUACUGCACGGGCUCGGACGAGGACGGUGACGGCGACCUGAGCAGCUCCGCCGACGAUCUGGACUCGGACGCCUCGCCCCAGACGGUGUUCGAGUCGGAAGGGGUGCGCGUGGUGCACGCCCGGCAGGCCCGCGACGCGCUGCCUCUCGCCCUGCAGCCCGGCGGCGGGCGGCGCGCGCAGGCCUGCCGAUACACGCCGCUGGACGCGAGCAGCCGCGAGUCGAGCUUCAGCUCUCUGUACCCGUCACGCACCAACACGGAGCGCAGCCUGCAGAGCCUCCAGAGUCUCCAGAGCCUUCAGAGUCUCCAGAGCCUUCAGAGCCUUCAGAGCCUCCAGAGCCUGGCUACCCUCAGCAUCACGGGCAGCAUCACGCAGAGCGACAGCUUCGAGUACGCCGACUCUCUGGACCGCGCGCGCAUCCUAGAGAAGGAGAAGAGUUGGGCCUCGAGGACGUGGCGCUGCCCGCACGACGAGCGCCUGGAGCGGCGCAGGCAGCUGCAGGAGCAGCGCGUGCAGCGCUUCCAGCGCUUCCUGGACGAGCACCCGGCCAUGGCCGGGGCCGUGGAGGUGCAGCAGCAGGAUACGACCACCACCACCGACUCGGACUCGUGCUCGUGCUCGGGCAGCGAAAUGGCGUGGAGCUUCGGCCGUCACUCAUCACGAUGCUCGGUCACCUCGACGCAGUCGAGGCCCGCGAGCGCAGCCAGCGUUACUAGUGCGGCCAGCGGCGGGCUCAAGAGAGACGACACGGUGCGGCGCGCCCCCGCCACCACCCCCGCGGCAGCGCCCGCUCGCCCGGCUGUUCCUCUCGUCAAGACCAUCCCGGCCACACCCCUUGUGCAGGGUUCGGCGGACAAGGAAGGCCCCCUGGCCAGGCUGGCCAGGCCCCUGAGCUGCGGUCCGUUCUCCCAGGCUGGUCCUGGUCGCGGCGGCGGCCUCCCGGGCAAGCUGCCGGCCAGCGCCUUUGCGCCCUUCUGCGGGACCCAGCAGACGGCACUGCGCUUCGGGACGGUGCUGGGCUUGCGGCGCCCCGGCCACCACGUCGGCCCGGCAAAGAACCCCGAGUGUCUGUGCGACAGCUGCUCGCACCACUUCCGCUCGCGUGCUCAGGCCCGCGCCCAGGGCCGCGCGCGCUCCAUGGACGGCGACGCGUGGGGCUACCUGGGCCCCGGGGCGCCCUGGGCCACGCCCUGGGCCGGGCGAGGACUCUCCAUGCCGCCGGACCACCUGCACCAGGAUCUGGGCUCCGACCUCGGGACACCUGUGUGAUUGGAAGCUAGAAAACCAUGCCGCCCGCUUCUGUUAUUCAAGUUA